CUUGUGGGUUUAGGUGGACAGCUCUAUGUUUUCAAGCACAGAAAGAGAGAAUGGCCAAGAUAUUGUGCGUUUUGUCUGCAAUAGUUUUUGUCGUGAAAACUGACGAUGUCAGCGAAUUUAAUGCAACUAUCACAGCCGUGAACAUUACAUUGAACUCUACUGUUAACAGAACGAUAGCUUUUAAGACGCCUGUGUUCUCAUUAUUCUCCACCACCACCACCACCAAAGCCAAUAAAACAGUUUUGGGAAAGAAAAAUAUGCGAAAGAGAAAUGUAGAUGUAAAGCGCAUCGAUCAAGACGAGGAUGGAAAACAUGAAACCAAGAAUGGCACAGCAGAUGUAAAGAAAGAAACGGAACUGCCUUAUCCCGAACCCUGCAGACACACCGAGGCACAGACACGCCGAGGCACAGGCACGCCGAGGCACAGGCACACCGAGGCACAGACACGCCGAGGCACAGACACGCCGAGGCACAGACACACCGAGGCACAGGCACGCCGAGGCACAGAUAGACCGAGGCACAGACACGCCGAGGCACAGGCACGCCGAGGCACAGGCACGCCGAGGCACAGGUACGCCGAGGCACAGACACGCCGAGGCACAGGCACCCCGAGGCACAGGCACGCCGAGGCACAGGCACGCCUAGGCACAGACACCCCGAGGCACAGGCACCCCGAGGCACAGGCACGCCGAGGCACAGGCACGCCGAGGCACAGGCACGCCGAGGCACAGGCACGCCGAGGCACAGGCACGCCGAGGCACAGACACGCCGAGGCACACCGACACGCCGAGGCACAGACAUCCUGCUUUGAGAUAGUGGGUGCAUUCCAGAUAUCCUGUGCAGACUGUCCCCCUCUGGGUCUGAAGUCACUGAGGGUUGAUGACAGCCAGUUCCAGGCUUCAUCCUACCUGCGGAUGGGACUUGGCCCUCACAGGGCAAGACUCAAUAUACAGUCAGGUAUCGAGGACGGAGACAUGUAUGAUGGCGCGUGGUGUGCUAAGUAUGAGGACCAGUACCAGUGGCUGCAGGUGGAUGCUCUGCGCCCCACGCUGUUCACAGGAGUCAUCCUGCAGGGACGUAACUCCAUCUGGAGCUGGGACUGGGUUGAAACCUACAAAGUGCAGCUGAGUAACGACUCGGAGACCUGGAAGACCUGCAUGAACGGAACAGAGGAGGCGGUGUUUGUUGGGUCCCGGAAUGAACCUGAGACACCCUAUCUGGCCCUCUUCCCUCAACCCGCGGUGGCUCGUUGGAUCCGCAUCAACCCCCAGACUUGGUACUGGAAUGGGACAAUCUGUCUCAGAGCGGAGGUACUGGGAUGCCCCCUCCCAGAUCCGGACAAUGUAUGGCAACACCUCUCUGAAAAACUGUCUGGCUCUAAAGAUAACCUGGAUUUCAGACACCACAACUACAAGGAGAUGAGGAAGCUGAUGAAGGCUGUGAAUGAAGAUUGCCCUCGUAUCACUCGUAUCUACACCAUUGGAAAGAGCUACACCGGACUGAAGCUGUACGCCAUGGAGAUCUCUGAUAACCCUGGAAAACAUGAACUAGGUGAGCCAGAAUUCCGCUAUGUGGCAGGUAUGCAUGGCAACGAGGUGGUUGGCAGAGAGCUGGUGCUGAACCUCAUGCAGUACAUCUGUCGGGAGUUUAGACGAGGCAACCCACGCAUCGUCCGUCUGGUGACCAGCACACGUAUCCACCUACUGCCGUCUAUGAACCCUGAUGGAUAUGAAACAGCCUUUGAAAGGGGGUCAGAGCUGGCAGGUUGGGCUCUGGGGCGCUACAGCUACGAGUGGGUCGAUAUGAACCACAACUUCCCCGACCUAAACAAUAUCAUGUGGGACGCCAAGGAGAAUGACACCGAGACGGUUAAAACAGCCAACCACUACAUCCCCAUACCAGAGUACUACACUAAAGAGGAUGCCUUCGUGACCCCAGAGACACGUGCGGUCAUCAGCUGGAUGCAGGACAUCCCCUUCGUCCUGAGUGCCAACCUCCACGGGGGAGAACUGGUGGUUACCUACCCCUUCGACUGCACCCGGGACUGGGCCCCUCAGGAAAACACCCCUACAGCUGACGAUAGUUUCUUCCGCUGGCUGGCCAUGGUCUACGCCUCCACCAAUCUGGUCAUGGCCAACCCUGAUAGGAGGAUCUGCCACUCUGAAGACUUCCAACAGCACAACAACAUCAUUAACGGAGGAGCCUGGCACACCGUCCCUGGGAGUAUGAAUGACUUCAGCUACAUGCACACUAACUGCUUCGAGGUGACGGUGGAGCUGUCGUGCGAUAAGUUUCCUCACGCCAGCGAGCUUCCUACAGAGUGGGAGAACAACAAGGAGUCUCUGCUGGUCUACAUGGAGCAGGUUCACAGAGGCAUCAAGGGAGUGGUGAGAGACAAGAUGACAAAGAAAGGCAUUGCAGACGCCAUUGUGAAAGUGGAAGACCUGGACCAUGACAUACGAUCAGCGGCUGAUGGAGACUACUGGCGUCUGUUGAACCCCGGGGAAUACAAAGUGACGGUGUGGGCGGAGGGAUACUUUCCCUCCAUGAGGCGGUGCAGCGUCGGGACCGAAGCGCGACCCACCAUCUGUGACUUCAUCUUGAUCAAGACGCCACGACAGAGGAUGAACGAGAUCCUAGCUAAAGGGGGGAGGUUACCCCAGGAUCUGCAACUGAAGCUGAGAGCAAUGAGGCUCCGGAAACUAAGAGUCUCCACCAAGGCCAUCAACCAGCGGAGGGAACGCAGCCGAAAGGCCAGGGGAACACGGUCCGCUAGAGCACCACGCCCUCUCACACCCCUGGCCUGAGAGACAGGGGACAGACUGCGCCUCUAAUGACACCCUAUUCCCCAACAUGGCUCUGGUUAAAAGAAAGUGCACUAUAAAGGGAAUAGGGUGCCAUUUGGGACUCGACUUGAGGCUUUGAAACGACCGGGGUGUUUGAGAUGUACUAUAUUGUAGUCGGCGACUACAGACAGACUGAAAUACAAAUGUCAAUGAGAAGUAAUUUUUUUUUAGGAAGGUGAUUUGUAAAUCCGACUGCAAUGUAGUCGAUUUGAAACAAGACACAGAGGCUUCAACGCAAGUCUGUAUUCCCAGUGAAUGUUGUAAUUAUCAGAUUUGAAUAGCAGAGAAGUAGAGGGAGAUUUAAUGUGCUCUAACUAGCUUGUUGGGACAGUGGUCAAACAUGUCAGUUGUUUGUAGUUAAAAGGUGGAGAGAUAGUGUAGUUGAUACAGCCGUAUCUUUACAUUAGUAGGAAUAUUUCAUACCUUCUAACUAGUUGUUUAGUUUGUUGGGAAAGUGGUCAACAGUAGCUAGGUUUCCAUCCAAUUGGCGACAGAUUUUCAUGCAAAUAUUUUUUUUUAAAUAUGCAUAAAGAAAAUCUGCAUAUUUUCCCACUAGGGGUGUUUCCACCAAACUGUAUUUGUUGCGGAUAAAUCAUCAGUCCGUGAUGACGUAGUGCGCACAAAUUGUAAAGUUUUCAUGUUACCGAUUUAAAAAUCAAAAGUUCAAAUGUUUUUUCCCAUCGCAUUUUUCAACUAGAUCGAUAGUUUUGUCACAAAAAAAUAAACUGUUGCGUUGAAUAGAAAAUGUGUCCCUUUUUUUGGUCUUGGCACAACGUGCUCUCUAGCCAACAGCUCGCAGAUACAGUGCGGCUAGUCUAGUCUACCUGAUCAGAUUAUUACGGAUCAGAGCGAAGAUAUUUUUAGUUGUCGACUCGGCAGUCAAGCAUUGAUCUUCAUGUCACUAGAAUAAGACCCUGGAUAUGUAUUGUAAAAGGAGCGUCCAGCUCACAGUGCACUUUCACCACCCUGUGAAGUUCAUCGUAACUUAUUUCAUCUGUAGCCUAAUAAACUAAAUGGUUUCCCCCGAGUCGUAGUGAGAGGACCACACGACAAUAUCAUCUCGUGACUCCCAAGUUGACUUUGAUACAGUUUGAUAGCUAUUAAUAUCAAUAUUUGGCGCAUAAAGCCGUUUCCAACACCAUUUCUCACAUAAUUUAAUUUUCCCCCCGACACAAAAAAAAAUUGUUGAACGAAACAAAUUAUCUGUCGACAUUUAUAAAAUUGUACUGUUUCCAUCACAGUUUUCAUUAAGACGCAAGACGGCACAAAUAGAUUUGGGACCAAUAUUCAGUUCAGUUUAUCGUUGCCACUGUUGCACGGGCUUUUAGUACAGCUGUUGUUACAGUAACUAUCAAGAAUAUAGAAGAGACCUUUUAAUGAUGACGAGGGGAGGCCAUGACAGUAUCAGCUGGCCUGAUACGGUUUAGUUUUAUAACGUUGUAUAUCUGUGUGUGUUUUUCACUAUUUCAUUAAAGGACAAUUUGUGUAGAAAGA